AUGGACCAAGGAAUCAUUCGUGCACUGAAAGCGAAGUAUCGAUCGUUAGCAGUCCGCAAGUUGAUAAAAGCAUUGGAUGAAAAAGUCUCUAUCCCGAAGUUCUCAAUUCUUGCUGCUAUGUUCAUGCUUAGAAAAGCGUGGGACGAUAUUGACAACCAAACCUUUACCAACUGUUUUCGGAAAUCAGGAAUUUCCCAGAAGGAUGCUGAAAAUGCCAUCAACGAAGAUGACGAUCCAUCCAAAGUCCUUGCCAGUAGCGAGGUAGAAGAGGACCCAAUCCCGACCCUCGAUGCUGAUCUCUCGUACAUAAAACGAAGGUUUCCUGACCAUAUUGAUUCUACCAUAUCAGUUGAGGAUUUCAUUGAUCUCGAUAUCGAAGUGAGCACAUCCCAUACAAGUCUAAAAACUGCUGACAUCAUUGCUGAUAUCACUGGAACUCAAGAUGAGGAAGAUGAGGAGGAUGAAGAAGAUGACGAUGACAAGGAUGAGGAUAAUCUUUCAAGACCAACGGCCGAAAAAGUGCGUUCAGCAAUCACCGUCCUUGAGGACCUAAACGUUUUCUUGAAAUUUGGGGAAGAAAUGUUGGCUUCCCUAAGGGACUUGAAUAAAAACAUCAAACGAGAUUAUGAUGAUACUUGUAAACAAUCAAUUACAACUGAUUUUUUUCAAAAAAUUUGA